AUGUCCGAGCAAUGGAAAGUGAAUCCGGACAAUAGAAGACGUCUUCUGCAACUGCAGAAGAUCGGCGGAAACAAAAAAUGUGUGGACUGUGGAGCUCCUAAUCCGCAAUGGGCGUCUCCCAAAUUUGGGGCUUUUAUCUGUUUGGAGUGCGCGGGAAUCCACAGAGGUUUGGGGGUGCACAUCUCAUUCGUGCGGUCGAUCACCAUGGACCAAUUCAAGCCUGAAGAACUCGAGCGUAUGGAGAAAGGUGGUAACGAACCUUUCAACUCGUACCUGGCCUCGCACGGCGUGGACGCCAAGCUUCCGCAAAAGACCAAGUACAACAACCCGAUAGCAGCCGACUACAAGGACAAACUCACCGCUGCUGUUGAGGGAACCGAAUGGGAGGAGCCAGAACAUCCAGAAUUUGACCCCGAGUCUUUAACGGCUUCUGGUGACGCUUUCAAAUCGAGCCACACGUCGCAUGAAUCGUCGCCAGCUGCGGCUACUUUGAGCGAUUCGGCCGUAUUAGAAUCUCGCAAAAGCACCCCCCAGGUAGCGGAUUCGAAGCGCGAGAAGAACGAGGCCUACUUCGCCAGUUUGGGCAAGAAAAACUCGUCGAAGUCCGACUCUCUACCUCCAUCCCAAGGUGGAAAAUAUCAAGGUUUUGGCAAUUCUCCAGUAAACCCACAACAAAAGGAUCUGGACGGAUCCAUGGCUACCUUGUCCCUUGGGAAUCUGCAAAAAGACCCAUUGGGAACCUUCAGUAAGGGCUGGAGUUUGUUCUCCAGUGCAGUAUCCAAGCACGUCGAAGAUGUCAAUGAUUCGGUGAUUAAGCCAGGAGUCCAGCAGAUACAGGGCAAAGACUUGUCAGAAGAGACCAAACGAGCUGCUGCACAGUUUGGUCAAAAAUUCCACGAAACGUCGAAUUACGGUUACCAAGCAUUUUCAAAUUUCACUAAGAAUCUACAAGAACAAUAUCAACACGGUUUUCAACAGGAGCCUGCAACCGAGAGCCAGUUUUCAAAGCUUUUCGACAGCGUGGGCGAAGAACACGAAGCUGCGAUUAGCGCUCAAAAAUCUAAAAAGUCCGAAGAAGACGAGUGGGAUGAAUUUUGA